CUGAAUCUCUUCAUCUCUCUGUCUCUCUCCUCCGGUCCUCCGGUCUCUGCUAUGACAGCUCACACCAGCAGCGUGUUGCCCGAUCUCAGACCGACAACCCGUCACCGGUUAUCCUGUCCAAACGUUAACAUGGACAUGUGUGUGUGGGAUAUUCGUGAUUGAUCUGUAAUUAUUUUUUUGUAUAAAAACGAAAGAAAAAGGAGGAGGGGGGCGGCCGUCCUCUUUUACCCCCCUCCGCUUCCUUCAGCCAAGCAGAGCGGCAAGGUGGGGAGACGGCUUAAAAUUAAGCCAGCUUGGAUUUAUUUAACAGCAAAAUGACGGAUUUGGGAGCGCCGGAGAUGCUGCUGAUGAGGAGGAGGCUGAAUGUAAAGAAAACGGGCAGGCUGAGACACGACCUGCCGCUUCUCCUCCUGCUGGGGCUUCUCUUCGGGGAUUUCUCCUCGUCCAAGGCUGAAUCAUGCGGCGGUGUAGUCCAAGGACUGAAUGGCACCAUAGAGUCACCGGGUUUUCCCCACGGCUAUCCCAACUACGCCAACUGUACAUGGCUUAUAAUAACAGGGGAGAGGAACCGGAUCCAGCUAACCUUCGUCACGCUGGCACUGGAGGAAGACUUUGAUAUUGUAUCAGUUUACGAUGGACAACCGUCGCCUGGCAACUUAAAAAUGAGGUUGUCAGGAUUCAUGCUGCCCUCCCCUAUAGUCAGCAGUGGAUCUAUAUUGGCCUUGUGGUUCACCACAGACUUCGCCGUCAGUGCACAGGGCUUCAAAGCUGUAUACGAAGUCCUGCCUAGCCACACAUGUGGCACCCCCGGCCUCAUCCCAAAUGGAGUCAUUCAUGGCUCACGGUACAACAUGGGGGACAAGAUCCGAUACAGCUGUGAGUCAGGUUUUGUAUUGGAAGGACACAGUAUCCUCACAUGUAUUGUAUCACCUGGCAGUGGAGCACAGUGGGACUUCCCAUCACCGUUUUGUAGAGCGGAAGGAGCAUGUGGCGGCACAUUACGAGGCACGGCAGGUUCAAUAACCAGCCCUGGAUACCCUGCAGAAUAUGACAACAACCUGGACUGUACGUGGUCAAUCCUCUCUGAACCCGGGGACACUAUAGCUCUCGUCUUCAGCGACUUCUUAUUAGAGGACAAAUACGACUUUCUGGAAAUCAGCGGGACAGAAGCACCAAGCAUAUGGCUGACUGGUACAACACUGCCUUCACCGGUGAUAUCAAAUAAGAACUGGCUUCGGAUACAUUUCACCUCAGACAGCAACCAUCGAAGAAAAGGAUUCAGUGCUCAGUACCAAGUGAAGAAAGCAAUAGAGCUGAAGUCCAGAGGGGUGAAGAUGAUGCCCAGUAAAGACUCCAGUCACAAAAAUGCUGUCUUGAGUCAAAGCGGUCUUGCUGGGGAUGUUUGUCCAGAUCCCGGAGUUCCAGAAAAUGGCAAGAGGAUGGGCUCAAACUUCCAAAUUGGAUCCAGCGUCCAGUUCAGUUGUGAUGACAGCUAUGUACUACAAGGAUCUAAAAGUAUCACCUGUCAGCGAGUCACUGACACACUGGCUGCCUGGAGUGACCACAGACCCAUCUGCAGAACUCGUACCUGUGGCAGCAAUCUAAGGGGGCCCAAAGGGGUCAUAACUUCUCCUAACUACCCUGUUCAAUAUGAGAACAACGCACACUGUGUGUGGGUCAUCACUGCAAUGGACUCUGGGAAGGUGAUAAAGCUGUCAUUUGAAGAGUUUGACCUGGAAAGAGGAUAUGACACACUGACUGUGGGAGAUGGAGGAAAGAUAGGAGACACUCGGAGGGUGCUCUAUGUACUUACCGGUUCCAGUGUCCCUGACCUCAUCGUCAGCUUGUCCAGUCAGAUGUGGCUACACCUGCAGUCAGACGAUACAAUCGGCUCCGCAGGGUUCAAGGCCGUCUAUGAAGAGAUCGAACGGGGAGGCUGUGGUGAUCCUGGGGUGCCGGCAUUUGGUCGGCGUAGCGGUGAUCGUUUUCAACAUGGUGAUGUGUUGACCUUCUUUUGCCAGUCGGCCUUUGAACUAGUUGGAGAGAAGACCAUUACAUGCCAGCACAAUAAUCAAUGGUCUGGCAAUAAACCCAGUUGCAUCUUCUCAUGUUUCUUCAACUUCACGGCUCCAUCAGGGACUAUAUUGUCCCCGAACUACCCAGAGGAGUAUGGGAACAACCUGAACUGUGUGUGGUUGAUUAUCUCUGAACCUGGCAGCCGAAUCCAUCUCCUCUUCUCUGACUUUGACCUGGAGCCACAGUUUGACUGGUUGGUCAUCAAAGAUGAAGGCCUGUCUGAACCAACAACGUUUGGGACGUUCUCUGGAAAAGAUGUUCCAGCACAGAUCGCCUCGAACGGACACAUCAUGAGACUGGAAUUUCAAUCGGAUCAUUCUAACACUGGAAAAGGCUUCAACAUCAGCUACACAACGUUUGGUCAGAAUGAAUGUCAUGACCCUGGAGUUCCUGUCAACGGUCAAAGGUAUGGUGACCAGUUUCAGCUCGGCAGCUCCGUGGCUUUUCGCUGUGAUCAAGGAUUCAUAAGGACACAGGGGUCUGAUCAGGUCACUUGCAUCAUCCAGGAUGGAAAUGUUGUUUGGUCUGCAGCUGUACCUCGCUGUGAAGCUCCAUGUGGAGGACAUCUCACAGCUCCUACUGGUGUUCUGCUGUCUCCUGGUUGGCCCGCUUUUUAUAAAGAUUCUCUGAACUGCCAGUGGGUGAUUGAAGCACAGGCAGAUCAUGCUGUGAAGAUACACUUUGAUAGGUUCCAGACAGAGGUCAACUAUGAUACACUGGAAAUCCGGGAUGGCCCCUCAGCCUCGUCUCCCCUCAUCGGUGAAUACCACGGCACCCAAGCACCUCAUUUCCUGAUUUCCACGUCCAACGUCCUGUACCUGUUGUUCACAACAGACAACAGCCGCUCUGCAGCGGGCUUCAGCAUCAGAUAUGAAAGUGUGAAAAUGGAGUCAGACUCUUGUCUUGAUCCUGGUAUUCCAGUCAAUGGCCGUCGCCAUGGCAGCAGCUUUUCCAUUGGCUCCCGUGUCUCAUUUACAUGUGAUCUGGGAUACACACUGAGUGAUCAGGAGCCAAUUGUUUGCGAGCAGAAUCAUCAGUGGAGUCACGCUCUUCCCAGUUGUGAUGCACUUUGUGGAGGUUAUGUAUAUGGUAAAACGGGGACAAUUCUUUCUCCUGGCUUUCCUGACUUCUACCCCAAUUCUCUUAACUGCACCUGGACUAUAGAGGUGUCUCAUGGGAAAGGAGUCCAUCUGGUUUUCCACACUUUUCAUCUGGAGGAGAACCAUGACUACCUUUCCAUCACUGAGGACACCAAUUUCCAGGUUCCAGUGGCUCGACUCACGGGCUCAGUGUUGCCCCCUAGUGUAAAAGCAGGGCUCUAUGGGAACUUCAGCGCUCAGCUACGUUUCAUAUCAGAUUUUUCCAUGAGUUAUGAAGGCUUUAACAUUACUUUCUCAGAAUAUGACUUGGAGCCAUGUGAGGAUCCUGGCGUACCGGCGUACAGCAGGAGGAUGGGAUUCAGAUUCCGAGUGGGCGACUCGCUGGCCUUCACUUGUUUCAAUGGCUACCGACUUGAGGGAGACAGUAAGAUCACUUGUCUGGGAGGAGGCAGGCGAGUCUGGAGCAACAUAUUACCAAGAUGUAUAGCGGAGUGUGGAGCCUCCUCACUCGGACCAGAAGGUGUUCUGCUUUCUCCUAACUUUCCCUCCAACUACGAUAACAACCACGAGUGCAUCUACCGGAUCACUACUGAAAAGGGCAAGGGAAUCAGGCUGAAAGCUGAGAGCUUCUCAUUGCAAGAUGGAGACUAUCUCAAGGUGUAUGACGGAGAGAACACUUCAUCCCGUUUCCUUGGCAACUUUACACGUGACGGUAUGAUGGGUGCCAUCAUCAAUAGUACGUCUAAUCGAUUGUGGUUGGAGUUCAACAGCAACGCCUCUGGAUCCAAUCAGGGCUUUCGCCUCACAUACACAAGUUUUGACCUGGUCCGCUGCGAGGAACCAGGUGUUCCUAGUUAUGGCUAUAAGAUCCAAGACGACGGCCAUUACGCCAACACUUUUGUCCUGUACUCCUGUAACCCUGGAUACAGUCUACAUGGCAGCAGUACACUGACCUGCCUUAGCGGGGACAGACGUGUCUGGGACAAACCACUUCCUUCCUGCCUUGCGGAGUGUGGAGGUCACAUAACUGGAGCAGUGUCUGGACGGAUUCUGUCUCCAGGAUAUCCUGCUCCAUAUGACAACAACCUCCACUGUACCUGGACUAUAGAGGCUGACACAGGCAAGACUAUCAGCCUCCACUUCAUCGUCUUUGACACUGAGGUCGGCCACGAUAUCCUGAGAGUUUGGGAUGGACCAUCAGCGCCAUCAGACGGGGGGAUCCUGUUGAAAGAAUGGUCCGGCCAAGCCUUACCUGAAGAUAUCCACUCGACUUUCAACACACUCACGCUGCAGUUUGAUUCUGAUUAUUUCAUCAGCAAGCAAGGAUUUUCCAUCCAGUUUUCCACCACUACAGCAACAACGUGCAAUGACCCAGGCAUCCCUGUAAAUGGUUCUCGGUAUGGGGACAGUAAGGAGCCCGGUGACAGCAUGACGUUCCAGUGUGAUCCAGGCUACCAGCUACAGGGCCUGGACACCAUCACAUGUGUACGGAUGGAUAACAGAUUCUACUGGCAACCUGACCCUCCCACAUGUGUCGCGACAUGUGGCGGUAACGUCAGCGGCCCUUCAGGAGUGAUUCUGUCUCCUAACUACCCCCAGCCUUACCCCCCGGGGAAAGAGUGUGAUUGGAGAGUCAGAGUCAACCCAGACUUUGUCAUUGCUCUCAUCUUCAAGAGCUUCAACAUGGAACCAAGUUACGACUUCCUUCACAUCUACGAGGGAGAAGACUCUAAUGGGCCGUUACUAGCAAGUCUCCAAGGCAACCAGGCCCCAGAGCGAAUAGAGAGCAGCGGUAACAGCCUCUUCCUGGCAUUCAGAUCCGACGCUUCACUGGGCAUGUCUGGGUUCGCCAUCGAAUAUAGAGAAAAACCAAGAGAGGCCUGUUUUGACCCUGGUAACAUUAUGAACGCCAGUCGGACAGGAUAUGACUAUAAACUGGGAUCUCAGGUCUCCUACAACUGUCACCAUGGCUACACAACAGUUGGCGGGGAUACGAUCACCUGUGUGAUGGGGAACGAUGGGAAGCCAGUGUGGGACCGGGCUCUACCAUCAUGUAAAGCUCCAUGCGGAGGACAGUAUGGUGGUUCUGAAGGAGUUGUUUUGUCUCCAAACUAUCCUCUCAACUACACGACAAAACAGACAUGUUCCUACUACAUCACUGUGUCCUCACAGUUUGUGGUGUUCGGUCAGUUUGCUGUUUUCCAAACAGCGAUGAAUGAUUCAGUGGAGCUGUUUGAUGGAGCCAAUGAGAAUGCACGAUUGCUCAGCUCCCUGGCGGGGUCACAUUCAGGAGAGACGUUGCCAUUGGCAACUUCCAAUCAGAUCAUGCUGCGGUUCAAUGCUAAGAGUGGCCAGUCAGCUAGAGGCUUUCACUUCGUCUACCAAGCUGUGCCUCGCACCAGUGACAGUCAGUGCAGUUCAGUGCCAGAGCCUCGGUAUGGCAGGCGGAUCGGUUCAGAGUUCUCAGCUGGCUCUGUGGUCCGGUUCGAGUGCAGUCCGGGGUAUCUACUAAAAGGAUCCACUGCUAUCUGGUGUCAAGCAGUGCCAAGUGCCCUCGCACAGUGGAAUGCAACAACACCAACCUGUAUAGUUCCCUGCAGUGGCAAUUUGACAGAGCGUCGUGGUACAAUACUGUCUCCUGGCUAUCCUGAGCCCUACCCAAACAGUCUCAACUGUCUGUGGAGGAUCCAUGUCAGCGAAGGGGCUGGGAUACAGAUCCAAGUGAUGACGUUUGCUACGGAGCACAACUGGGACUCACUGGAGAUCUACGACGGAGGAGACAUGACAGCUCCUAAAUUAGGGUCAUUUUCUGGAACCACUGCUCCCGCCCUCCUCAACUCAACGUCCAAUCAGCUCCUUUUGCACUUUCAGAGUGACAUCAGUGUGGUGGCAGCAGGUUUUCACCUAGAAUACAAGACUGUUGGUCUUACCACCUGUCCAGAGCCAAUGAUCCCAGCGAAUGGCAUUAAAGCAGGAGACAGAUACAUGGUCAAUGAGGUGGUGGCAUUCACCUGUGAACCUGGAUACACAUUACAGGGUCACUCUCACAUUUCCUGCAUGCCUGGGACUGUGCGCCGAUGGAACUACCCACCUCCUCUUUGCAUAGCUCGUUGCGGCGGGGUGUUGUCUGAGAUGAGUGGUGUCAUCCUCAGUCCAGGUUUCCCUGGCAACUACCCCGGCAACCUGGACUGCACCUGGCAAAUCACCCUGCCAACUGGAUAUGGAGCCCAUAUUCAGUUCCAAAACUUCUCCUCUGAAGACAACCAUGACUUUCUAGAGGUCAGGGCUGGACCACAGCACAGCUCUGCUCUUAUUGGACAGUUUACCGGCUCACAGAUCCCGCCCCCUUUGCUAAGUACUACCCACCUGACGGUCAUCCAUUUCUACAGUGACCACUCAGAGAACAGGCCUGGGUUCAGACUGACCUAUCAGGCCUAUCAGCUUCAAAACUGCCAGGACCCUUUUCCUUUCUCAAACGGUGACAUCAUCAAUAAUGACUACAGUGCGGGCCAGUCGGUAACUUUUCAGUGCUACCCUGGAUAUGUUUUGAUCGGACACCCAGUACUAACCUGCCUGCAUGGGACCAACCGGAAGUGGAACCACCCAUUUCCCCGCUGUGAAGCUCCUUGCGGCUAUAAUGUCACGGCUGAAAACGGGACAAUCUAUUCACCUCAGUACCCCAAUGAAUACCCCAACUCUCAAGACUGCAGCUGGCUCAUCACUGUUCCCCACGGACAUGGAGUUUAUAUCAACUUUACCUUAUUGCAGACAGAGCCUGUCACUGAUUACAUCGCUGUCUGGGACGGCCCAGAUACGUCUAGUCCUCAGCUGGGAGUCUUCAGUGGCAACACGGCAUUAGAGUCGGCCUACAGUACCAGCCCCAAGGUCCUGAUCCGAUUUCACUCAGACUUCUCAACUGGAGGGUUCUUCAUCCUCAAUUUCCAUGCCUACCGUCUGAAGAAAUGCCCUACUCCCCCUGUUGUGGAGAAUGCAGAAGUGAUCUUUGAAGAUGAAGACUUCCAGAUAGGUGAUAUUGUGAAGUACCGCUGUUUGCCUGGAUACACACUGGUUGGAAAAGCAGAGCUAAUGUGUAAACUCAACUCCCAUUUGCUUUUUGAAGCCCCGCCUCCAACAUGUCAAGCUCAGUGCCCAGCAAAUGAGGAGAGGUCUUCGUCAUCAGGAGUCAUACUAAGCCCUGGGUUUCCUAGCAACUACCCCAACAGCCAGACAUGCUCCUGGCUGCUACACAUGGUUCCAGGUUACACCAUCAAUAUCUAUGUAGAGAUGUUCCACAGUGAGAAACAAUUUGAUGAACUGGAGAUUUUUGAUGGAUCCUCAGGGCAGAGCCCUUUGCUUGUUGCUCUAAGUGGUAACCACUCAUCUCAGCUGAACUUCACAUCUAAAACAAACCAGCUCUACCUACGAUGGUCCACGGACCAUGCAACCAACAAGAGAGGAUUCAAGAUAAGAUACUCAGCUGCCUACUGUAGCAUUAAUGAUCCUCCAUUGAAUGGUGGCGUGGUCAACCGAACCAAACUCCAUCCAGGCAGCAGACUUCAGUUCUAUUGCAAUCGUGGUUACCGUAUGGUAGGCUCAAGCAAUGCCACCUGCAGGCUACACCCCAAUGGGCUUUUCCAGUGGGAUGCACCGCCACCUUUUUGUCAAGCUGUCUCAUGUGGAAUCCCUCAGUCGCCGGGCAACGGCAGCUUCCAUGCUAACCAGUACACCGUUGGUAGCCAGGUAACCUACCACUGUAACCAUGGUUUCCACCUUGACCCUGGUGUUCAGAUGACAACAGUGUGUUUGGAGGAAGGCAGCUGGAGUAAUGCUGUCUCAGCCCCCAGAUGCCUCCCGGUCCACUGCCCCAGCACAGAGGGCACCUUGUCAGAUCACAUGACCUCCCGUCUGGUCUCUGGUAGGCUGGGAGAGUUUGGUUCUAUGCUGAUGCUUGAAUGCGCUACCGGGUUCUAUUUGGGCGUGGGGCAUCGGACUCUUCGCUGCCUAGCCAACGGGACCUGGGAGGGGUCAGAUGACCUGGCUUCAUGCAAGAUCAUCUCCUGUGGUGAGCUUCCGUCUCCACCCUUUGGGACCAAACUGGGGACGUUGACCACAUUUGGAGCAACUGCAAUCUUUAUGUGUAACCACGGUUACACGCUGGUGGGGUCACAUGUCAGAGAGUGCGGAGCUAACGGGCUGUGGAGCGGUGCAGAGACCAGGUGUCUAGCUGGUCACUGUGACUCUCCAGAUCCUAUAGUCAAUGGGCACAUUAGUGGUGAUGGCUCUAGUUACCGUGACACUGUGGUGUACCAGUGCAUGUUAGGGUAUCGCCUCAUCGGCACAUCAGUUCGGAUCUGUCAGCAAGACCAUCGGUGGUCUGGAACAACACCCGUCUGUGUCCCUAUCACUUGUGGUCACCCCGGCAACCCAGGCAAUGGGCGGACCAACGGCAGCGAGUUCAACCUCAACGAUGUUGUCAACUUCACCUGUAACAGAGGUUACAUCCUCAGUGGGAACGCUCGUGCUCAGUGCCGGCUGAAUGGACAGUGGAGCAGCCCCCUACCUGUCUGCAAAGUGGUGAACUGUUCUGACCCUGGCCAUGUGGAGAAUGGUGUGCGCCAGUCUGGCCUACGUUACCCAGAAGUCUUCAGCUAUGGGGUAACCGUGGCCAUCCACUGUAAACGAGGCUUCUACCUGCUGGGCUCUGCGCUCCUAACAUGCCAGCAUGAUGGACGGUGGGACCGACCGAUCCCUCGCUGCCUAGCUAUUUCCUGUGGUGACCCGGGUGUACCCCCUAAUGCAGUAGUAUCUGGAGCCCACAGUUGGACGUACAGCUCAGUGCUGCAGUACUCCUGUCUGCCUGGAGGGGUGCUGGUGGGCAACGCUACUCGCCACUGUCAGGAGGAUGGCACGUGGAGUGGAGCGCCACCAUACUGCACUGGUGUGAGUCCAGGAAUUUGUGGAGACCCAGGGAUGCCUCCCCACGGUGCCCGUCUAGGUGGGGAAGAAUUUAAAACCAAGAGCCUGCUGCGUUUCAGCUGCGAGGCGGGAUAUAGCCUGAUUGGCUCAGCCGAGAGGACCUGCCUUCACAACGGCACCUGGAGCGGCACACAGCCUGUCUGUCAAGCUGUAUCCUGUGGUAACCCUGGCACCCCAGCACACGGCAGAAUUGUCUUCAGUGAUGGCAUCACCUUCGGCAGCUCGGUCGCUUAUGCUUGCUGGGAGGGCUUCAAAACAUCAGGCCUGACCACCAGACACUGCACAACAAAUGGGACAUGGACAGGACAACCCCCAGACUGCACUGUGAUCACUUGUGGAGAUCCAGGCCCAGCAGCCAAUGGGAUCUAUCUAGGGAGUGAGUUUGCCUUCAACCACACUGUGACCUACCGCUGUAAUCCUGGUCACCUGACAGAACCAGCUGGACGCACCGUUCUGCGCUGCACUAAAGAUGGGACCUGGAACCAAACCAAGCCCAGCUGUAAAGUGAUCGAGUGUGGACCUCCUCCUCAAGUAUCCCAUGGGAAAGUGGAAGGAACCGACCAUUCAUGGGGCUCGAGUGUUAGCUACAGUUGUUUCCAUGGUUACCAGUUGUCCACUCCUGCUGUGUUAACGUGUGAGGGGAACGGGACAUGGACGGGAGACGUACCACAGUGUUUGCCUGUCCUGUGCGGCGAUCCUGGCUCUCCUGGAGGUGGAUUCAGAGAGGGGAACAUCUUUUCUUACAGGUCAGAGGUCAGGUUCUACUGCCACACCCCCUACUUACUGGUUGGCUCUGCUGCCAGAGUCUGUCAAGCUGAUGGGAUUUGGAGUGGCCAACAACCAGCCUGUAUAGACCCAGCCUUCAACAACUGCCGUGACCCAGGAACUCCAGCCUAUGGCAUUCCGGUCAUGGGCCAGGGCUUUCAGGUUGGAAGUAAGAUUUCUUUCAAGUGCCGCAAGAACUAUCACAUCCUCGGCUCCACCACACGAACGUGCCUAGAAAACCUAACCUGGAGUGGAACUCAACCUGAGUGCAUAGCCCAUUCAUGCAGACAGCCAGAGACCCCCAGUAAUGUAGAUGUGCGAUCUAUGGACCUGCCUACCUUGGGAUAUACACUGAUCUACACCUGUCAGGAAGGUUUCUAUCUGGCUGGUGGAUCAGAGCACAGAACCUGCAAAAGUGAUGGGAGAUGGUCGGGCAAACCCCCGCUCUGUAAAGUUGGAGUGAAAGUCAAUCCCAAAGGCAGAGGAGAGUCAGAUGUCCAGAAGAACAAGAUUCGAGUUCCAGUGGACGUGUUUUCUCCCAACUCUGAGUGGAGCGGCUUUUACGAGUAUCUCGGGAAAAGACAGGCCACCACGUUUACAGUUACUGGGUUCAAUGCUACCAGCGGCAGAGUUAACAUUACAUUACUGGAAACCAGUGGAGUGUCAAUCAGACUGUCAGGUACCUACAAGUCAGAGGAAAACCAUUUGCUGUUGAAAGUCUACCAGGUGAAAGGGCCGACAGAGCAUUACUACAGCAAGUUCAAAAAUGACAACUGGGCUAUGGAUGGAUAUGUUACUGCAGAAUCAGACCAGAAGACUUUUGUCUACCAGGGGCACAUUCACAGUAAAGACUUUGGCAAGUUCCAUCUGACAAGGCAAGGCCCCGUAACCAUGGCAAUGGACCCAUCCAACCCCUAUACAAACAGCAGCUCUGUGGCAGCAGCCAUCUUAGUUCCUUUCUUUGCCCUCAUCCUGUCUGGAUUUGCCUUCUACCUCUACAAGCACAGGACAUUGUCUGCUGACACAGAUGACAAUGAGAGACCAAAAGACACCUGGGGGCCUGGCGGCAGGACACGUCCCAAGGUCCAGUUCAAUGGCUAUGUUGGCCAUGAGAGCUCCAACGGUCAGGCAUCUUUUGAAAACCCAAUGUAUGACACCAACAUGAAGCCCACUGAGGCUAAGGCAGUCCGAUUCGACACCACACUCAAUACGGUCUGCACUGUGGUAUAGUCCAACAAGCCUUCCACUACCUAUACAGUGGUUCAGUCCAACCUCCCUGUUGCAGUCUGCAGUGUGAUUUAACCAAACAGAGAAGAAAGAACAAACUUAAAAUUUGGACUCGUCACUGUGAGCAGUCUGUGUUGUAGCAUGCCGGUCCUCUGUCAGCAUGAUGUGCACAGUAAUGCAGCUCUGCUCCACCUCAUUCCUGAACAACGGCAUCAUCCACCUCUCCCUGUAGAAAGAGAAAAGUAAGUUGGAACCAAUACACAAGGGAGUAGACGUCAUCAAACGUGUUGUUCAGGAGAUCAAUGCUGGGACCGGAUUUCUUCUUAAGCACUGAUGCUUUUCAGACACCAAGGAAAAACACAGAAAGAUGGUACAACUAUGUUACCAGUGCACGUCCAGUGUCAGCUGACUACUGUUAAAUUUUACCCAACCUCCUUAUGGAAAGGGCUCUGUAUGGCCAGAGUCAUUUGGCCCUCAAAUCCCCAGCCUAGCCCCCGUACCCCAAGCCAAAUUUGCACAGUGGUAUAGGCUAACUCUUAUCUUACCAACUCCCCUGCUGCAGGCCAGACGUGGGUCCGACCAAUGCUCGGUUCUACCCUCAGGGGACGCACAUAGACUAUUCCACCAUUCAACCCCCUCCAGACAUCGAAGAGUAAUUGGAUGGUUCCUAUAUGUCAACGCAAAAACCAUCAUUGGUGCUGGACCAAAAACCUCCCACUGGACUUCCAUCACUCUGGACUUGACAAGACUGGACUCUCUGACGUAAUUACAGCUUACACGGUCUGUUUCGGUGGAAUCUGAUAUCAGUUGUACAGACUGCUGUGAAGCUGAUAACCAAAUGCAGUCGAUGCAGUGACAAGUUCAACCAGACCAAUUCCUUUAAAGAAAAUGAUACUCUUAUCCUGUACUGAUACUAGAAUUAGAUUAGUACUAGGAGUGGUGGACUAGUGCUAGACAAGCCAGUGUCAGAUAACAGUUGCAGAUAUGAUUAAAAUGUUUGUUUUAGCCUACUUUAGAACUGAAUAGGGUUUGGUUUAAUAUAGCGAGACAAUCACAGAGUUAGGUAAGCUGAGUCAGUCAAUAAUGGAUUUUCUGUGAUUGUCUUCUGCCGCUUACUGUAUUGCCUAUUAUGACAGUGUCUACUUACAGUAUUUGGCAACAAAGGUAGGCUAAAACAUGCCAAAUCAAGCAUUUGCAAAUGCUAGCCGUCCCAGGUUUAAUACGAGAACCUGUGAACUAGUUCUAGAUGAGUUUUGGACAUUUUCAAAUAUUCUAUAGAGUUACUACACACAUUAAAUCAGUCCUAUGUACAAUAUUCCACACUAGCACUAGGCAGACUGUGCUGAAGCAGAAAACCAGACAUUUGAGUUGCCGGGCUGGUGUACACAAUGGACUGGUUUCCACAGGCCUGUCUAACACAAUCAAAGAGUCAGACAACUGAUUCUUGUUCUUGGACUAGCCAGGGCUCUGUGCUUGGUGGCUGAACAAGUGGAAGCCUGGAGGCAAUAAGCUGUCAAGAUCGUCAACUGCUGCAAUCAGCUGUGGCCAAAUCCAGGAAAUGAUUUGUCUUCUCAUAACUCCGGUUGGGAUUAUCAGUCAAGUGAUGACUGAUUUUUUUUUUUUCUACAGCAUUUUCUCCAGCCACAGAAUCAGAAAUAGAUGAAGAGAUUAACAGACGGACUGGUUGACUGACAGAAAUUAGACGGACGGACACAGACAAAUGGACAGAUAGACGCCUCUGUCAGUCGUGCUGGAAAAGAGAGACAAGGACAGGUUGCUAUGGAAGCAGAGGCAAAUAGUUGUCUCUAUUUGUCUCUUCUGGCAUUUUUCUUCAGUGAAGAUAUUGAUGAACAGACUCUAUGUUCAAAUACCCAGUGGCCCCAUGGGACUUCCCAAACCACUGCUGCUGGGGACCCCAAAAUAUAAACUUUAUAUAAACUCUUAAACCGCACAAAUUUUGCACUAGUGUGUUUUUCUGACUGGGUUAUGAAAAAAUUAAUAAUUUUUGGGUCUGAAAUGGGUUUGAAAAAUGAGUCAUUCAAAAAAGAGAAUUUUAUUCAAAAACUUCUAUCUUUAAAAAGAUGAUAAAAAUGACUUAAUACAGGGUUACAGAGUGUUUGUAUAUACACAUUUAUAUUUCACACUCCCUGUUAGCAGAAGGUGUGACCACAUGCUAAACCGUUGUUUAUUUUGUUGCCAUGACAACAUGCUAGCCAACCAGACAGUUGGGAUCAGCUUACCCGUGGACCUCCGAGCUUCUAGUGUCACAUAAUGACACCACGUUAUUUGCCAUUGAUAGAACAGUGGAUGUUUCUGAGAGCUCACACUGAAUACUGUUACUGCUGCAAUAGGCUCACAACCAUAACAUGCCGUAUUAUGUGGCCCCACUGAAACGCUAGUUUUAUUUACAGACAUUAAACUCCAUCAUUUUCUGAGAUACUGUACAGUACUUUCAAAUUCUACCAGUGAAACAGAAGCUAGAGCGUCUUUUGUAUUGUACUUCUGUAUUGUGACGUAUUUCCCAGUGAAACUGAAUAUUUGAGCGGUGUACAGUUACAAGAGGGAUAUAAAUUGAAUCCAUUUGAUUGGACUGCAAAAAGUGGCUGCGCUUAGAGGACUGUUGGCUCCACACAUACACACACAUACCUCCCUCACCUGUCAUUACAUCAGGAGGAGGAUGAGGGAGAGUUGAAAGGGAAACUUUCCGGCUUUCAACCAGCUCAGUGUCUCUGUAGCGCAGGCAGGACACACAUCCAGCCUCCCAGUCUCUUCAUGCUGCCAGUGCCCAGAUCUCCCUGCUAACCCACUGGGAGAAGUCUGUAUGUACUGCAGCCACACAGAGGUAGACGAAAAACCUGCAAAGCCGCUUUGAAAUAGACCUCAGCCACAUUGUUUUGGAGAUAAAAAAGUUUGUGGCCAUUAAUAUCCAGUCACACAUCUCCUCCUAUCUCUCUCCAUAAUACUCACAAACAGUGAAGUGCAGGUUUUAUAUGACCUGCAUCCCUAGCUCGUUGUCCACAGUCUCAUUUGAUUGGAUUCAUUUUUGUAAAUGCCCCUGAGUGCAGGAUGAGUUAUCAACUGUUUUAUAUGGAUUUGGAUGUAAAAAUAUUCUGAGUCAGUUUUGGGCAUAUAGUUGGCAUACUAUCAAGAGAUAAAUGAACAAUUAACACAGGGUAACAGAAAUGAAACUGAAAGGAUAUAUAUAUAUAUAUUUUUUUUUUUUAGUUUAACUUGGACUUUAAGAUACACUAAAUAAAAUGCUACAUUUAAAUAUUACCUCAGUAUGGGCUCAUUUUAAGUUAAGCAGUCAGUGUGAGCUUUCAGAAACAACAUGUGCCUGUUUCUCUAACUCUCUUUAAAAAGCUGUGUUGCAAGUCCUCACAUUGUCAAGCAUCAUCUUUCAACACAUUUGACAUAUCUGACGCACAUGAUUUUAUUUCAACACACCUUAUUAAAGAGCUCACAGUGUAUUUGUGAUCUGUUUGAGAAAUGGUCAUGUAAGGCAGAGGACAAACAGAUACAGUAUGAAGACAACAUGCACAAUUAUUGUUGUCGACAGCUAUCGCCCCACGGAGCCCCUCCAUUGUUUGAGAAAUACCUCGUGUGCAGAGAGUAAGUUACAUCCUGCUUAUCAAUGCUGGAAACUCACUGCAACAAAUACACAAGCUUAGCGAGUGCAGCCUUGCAUUCAAAUUAUUUCCUGGUAUUUUAAGUCAAAAUGUCGUGCUAACACCCAUGAGCCUGCAGGAUUCAAGAAAAUCCACUAGCUUCAAAUCACUUGCCAAGCUUGUUAUUUCGCGCAGUGUUCUCUCGAAAUAAUUUUAUUUUUGCGAAAGAUGCUGCACUUGGUUUAGAUCACAGAUGUAACUGCUUUCAGUGUGUGUCUUUCAAUGUCUUCAGGCCUGUGUCUUGUUUGUUUCACUCUUCACUCUCACCAUUCUGCACUUUUUUAUUGUCCAAAUUCAUUUUCAAUUAUGUUCCCCAUGUUUUCAACAGUCCUACAUACCUACAAACAAUAGAUCAUAAAUCCAUUCAUUCACACAUGUGACAUCAAAUGAUGAAUGGAAUGUAUGAGAUAUCAGAUAAUGAAACUUACAACUGAUUAAAUGAUGAUUUUGUCCAUGAAACACAUGUUAUAUUAGCCUACAGUGUUAUAUUUCAGACCAAGACUCAAUUCACUGAAAUCAGAGAGUGGAUUUUCUCCAGAACUCAAACACUGAAAAGGAAAACAAUUGGCAUUUGGCAUGAGAAGGCUGUGACAUCCACCUAUUUAAAAAAUAAGCAAGAAUUAUUUUUGUCUCUAUUGAGAUUUUCUGCUCAUUUAAUUGAAAAUGAAUCUACUACUUCAUGUCCUUAAAACAAUGGCGGUUAUGUUUGGAGGCCUGACGAGGGAUAUUGUUGGUAUUGUAAUAUCCAUUGUUAGCCUGUCAUUCACAGCCUCAGAGUCAGGGUCAUGGGGAGACAGCCAGAAACACAUACAGCAGUGUGAAGUACACAAAAUACAGAUAUAGCGACGUGUGCACGAGCUAUAAUACUGGCAAAAGUUAAAGAGGAUGACAAGACAGAAGGCACAUAUUCAAAAUCUCCUUGCAGAAAUAAACAAGACAUCUGUAAACAACAGUAGAGCGUCUGCUCACAAACUAGCGAGCCUCCUCUCUUUUUACUGCUGGAAUGCACCCCGUGCUUCUAUUUUAAUUAAUUUAAUUAAUUCAGCCGAGAUUUCCUAUGGAGUCAAGAGAGCAUAAUGGAGCCUGAAAAUUAGAGGCUGCAAGGUUUCCACAGGCGUAAUAAAAGGUCUAAUUUUUAACAAUUAAUGACACAGAUCUGAUCUCCCAGUGUGCCCAAACAAGGAAUUUAGACUCAGCGUUGUCCCAGUUUAUUCUGCCAUGAAAAUAUGAGAGGCAUGCUACAGAUGUUAGAUUUGUGAUUGUAUGUAGUACGAAGUGACUGUCAGUAACAAAUUUGGCACAUGUACUGUAAUACAGACUGAAGCUUGUAGAAGCACAUAUCCUAAAGGAGUACUUCACCCUUAAAAUGACCAUUUGUAUUGAAUUCUUGAAGAAAACUUUGAUUUCUCAUGGCCUCUGCAGUGAAUAGAAUCCAAAAAACAACUGAAAAUGUACUUCAUCCUUAAUACAUUGAAUCUCUCCUGUGCAUGCCUGAGACUUUCCUGGCAGAAGUGAUUUAAAUAGUGAGAUUUCAGCAAGAAAGCAUGCGUUUGGGAAGUACUGAGAGUGUGUUGCAACUUUAUAAAAAAUCUGAACAGAAUCACAUUUUAUAACAAAGGACUCCUGGUGUAAUCCGGUUUGGUGUUUUUUUUGUCGGAAAAUGUAGUAAAGACACAUACUGUCAGUCUGACUUCUGGCCUGUGAGAUCAGAAUCCUUCUCAACAUGCCGCUUACAGGACUUUCUAUGAGUAGCCUUGAGAUUUUUGCUAUCACUCAAGACUUUCUUUUAGCAUUUUUGAAGAAGUUUCCACAUUUGUCCGUCAUUUGGCAUUGUCAGCAGUCCUCACCGUUUAAAAGAGCGACAGCUGGCUACGAGUAAAAAAUAAAAAAAUAAAACUACCCACUAAAUUUUGAAAUGCCAAGGUUGUUUCUGCCUCUUCAGCUGAGACUUUUCACAGUUUGGGAGGAAGUUUGUCCCUUACUUUCUCUAAAGUGGUAUUGUCAGCAGUCCUCAUUGAAACAAAGGGGCCCAGGUUGCUGUGAGCUUUAAAAAAUACCAGCUAAAAUUGUAAAUGUCACACAUUGCCUUUUCACACAAUGUCACAUGGUAGAGAUGAGCUUUUUUCCCCACCGGCUACCGAAAUACAGAAUAGAUCCAAUGCAUCUGAAAUAUGAAUAUAUCUCUAAAUUACAUCAAGAUGGGGUUUGAAUGACACUGAAACAAAGGUGUGAAUAGAUGCAGAGUACACUGCAGUGAUUAUACUGAACUUUUCCUGCAGGAAAAUCCAUACUCAAAAGAAUCAAAAUUACUUUAUUUAUCCCAGAUGGGAAAUUCAGUUAGUCUGGUAGAAUCUCUUGAAGAAUGCAACAGCCUGAUGGCUGUAGGAGCGAAGGAUCUUUUAAAUCUCUCCGUCCUGCAAUGGAGAGAGAGGAGCUGUCCACUGCUGUUUUUUUUGGUCCAUAAAGGUUUUGUGUAGCGGAUGAGCCGGGUAUUUCAGAAUGGCCUCGAACAUCUUGACAGUGCAUCUCUCCACCACCUCCUCCAGUGUGUCCAACCUGGCUCCAACCACAGGACCAGCUCUUUUGACUAGUCUGUCUAACCGCCUUGCAUCUCUGUGUCUGAUGCUGCCUCCCCAGCAGACUGCAGCAUAAAACAACACAUUUGCCACCACAGACUGAUAAAACAUCUGCAGCAUCUUACUACAGAUGUCCAGAGAUCUGAGCUUCCUUAAGAAAAAGAGGCGGCUCUGCCCCUUUUUGUAGAGAGCGUCAGUGUUUAGGGACCAGUCCAAUUUAUAAUCCAGGUAUACACCUAGAUACUUAUAACUUGGCACCACUGGCUGAAGAGAGGGCAGUGUCACCCGAGUACUUCUCGAUUUGGCAGGACUCAGAGUUGUAUUUGAAGUCCGCUGUGUGCAGUGUGAACAGGAAUGGAGCCAGAACAGUCCCUUGUGGAGCCCCUGUGCUGCUCAUUAAUGUCCCAGAAACACAGUUCCCCAACCUGACAUACUGUGGUCUUACUGUCAGGUAAUCUGUGAUCCAGGGAGAAGGAAAAGAUGAAGGAAAGAUCCAAUUCCAACUCUGUGAGCUUUUUUUUGAGUAUGUUGGGUUGGAUGGUGUUGAAUGGGCUUGAAAAAUCAAAGAACAUGAUUCUCACAUGAGCACCAGUUUCCUCCAGAUGAGCAAGGGCACAGUGAAGCAUGUAGAGGACACUCCGAUGUGUUGUUUGUAUGCAAACUGCAGGGGGUCGAGUUUGUCUUUGACCUCAACUCUCAGUAGGCGUAGAAUCAGCCGCUCCAAGGUCUUCAUGAUGUGAGAAGUGAGGGCUACUGGUCUGUAGUCAUUAAGUACAGCUGGACAUUUUAUUUUUGGUACCGGCACAACACAGGAAAUUUUCCACAGUGCCGGCACUCGCCCCAACUGUAGUCUGAGGUUGAAGAUCUUGUGGAGAGGUUGACACGGUUGGGCAGCACAGUCCUUGAGCAGCCUUCGACACACACCAUCUGGGCCAGCAGCCUUCCCAGAGCAAAGUCUUCCCAGUUCCAACCUCACCCCUGUCUCUGUGACAGACAAGGGUGGAGGCCCAGGUGUAAGAGGGAGGCUGGAUGCUGUUUUGUAGAUGUACACAUGUUAAAGAGGAGGAGGUGGAGAAGCAGCAUUGGCAAUGGGUUAGGCCACUGUAUUGAAUCUGUUGAAGAACUGGUUGAGUUCAUCAGCUCUUUCUACAUCACUUUUUUGUUGUUAUAACCGGAGAUGGUGUUGAUUCCUCUCCACAUUUCACGGAUGUUGCUUCUUUGUUGAUUUCUCUCCAGUUACUUCUUGUGUUCCACCUUUGCCAUCUUUAAUCUUUUCUUCAACUUAUAUCGUACUAGUUUGAGCCAUGCUUUGUCACCAUCUCUAAAAGCUGCCUUCUUCUCAUUGAGGAUUGUCUUUAAAUCACUAGUAAUCCAAGGUUUGUUAUUGUGGAAACACUGUACAGUCCUAGUGGGUAUGACUGUGUCUCUACAGAAGUUGAAGUAAUCAGUAAAGCAGUCAACCUGUCUGUCAAUGUCCAUACUGUUCUUCUCUGUUUCCAGCAACACAUUCCAGUCUGUACAUUCAAAGCAGUCCUUGAGAGCCUCAGUUGCCUCUGGUGUCCAUUUCCUGACUGUGAGUUUAGUUGCAGGCUGCCUCCACACACAAGGUUUGUAACAAGUCUCCAGAAGAACUAAGUUAUGGUCCGAUCUUCCUAUUGGGGGCAUGGCAGUAGCUCUGGAAGCUUGUUUGACAUUAGCAUACAGCAGAUCAAGGGUUUUAUUUUCUCUGGUGGGACAGUUAACGAACUGUGUAAAUCCAGACAGGUGGGAGGAGAGGAAACAUGGUUGAAGUCUCCUGAUAUUAUCAAGUAUGCUUCUGGGUGUUUAGUCUGUAUCCUAGCAACGAGUUCAUGUAGAGCUUCACAUGGAACUUCAGCAGUUGCUUUGGGUGGAAUGUACACAAGUAUUGUUAUGAUGUGACUGAACUCCCUUGGUACAUAAUAUGGUCUCAUACUAACUGCUAAUAAUUCAAUAUGUGGACAGCACAUAUUCUCCUUGACAGUAACAUGUGCAGGACUGCACCAUCUCUGGUUCACAAAUAAAGCCAAGCUCCCACCUUUCUUCUUGCCACUAGCUUUUGCAUCUCUGUCUGAUUUUAUGAGAGUGAAGCCAGGUAGAUCCACAUUGGAGUCUGAGAUGUACUGAUUCAACCACGUUUCUCUAAAACACAAGAGACUACACUCACUGUAUUCUUUCUGAGUCUUCACCAACAUCUCCAGCACGGCAACCACGAAAACACCUCUUCAACUCAGCUGGAAUAGGGUGAUGGUGUCCUCCAGACUUGCUCCGUUUAUUCCUCUCUUGAAUAAACUCUU